AUGAAGACACUGAAAUGGAUGCGUCUCAAAACCACUUGCCGGGAGGUUGAGCGCCUUGCCAAAGAGCAGUUUGACGUCCCAGCAACUCUUGUAUUGCCUUUGGUCGUCGGCGGCUUCAAUGUCCUUUACAGAGUCCAUCUGGAGGGUGUCUUGCAAAGCCCCGAUGUCAUGGUCCGACUUCCAUGUCCCAACCUAGUCCAGUUCCCAGUCAAAAAGACGAUCCAGGUGGCCGCGACAGCAAAAUACAUUGCAGAAAACACUCAGAUUCCCAUCCCCCGUCACUUCUUCUCCGGCAAUGACCCCACUCUCGGAUCAUUUGUGAUACUCGAGCGUGUCGAAGCCUGCGGGAGCAUGGCAGCUCGACUAACCCCCCCCAACGACGACCAGAGCGUGGGCCACAUCCUCAACUCCGACAUCGCAGAAGCCACGCUUGCGCAUCUGUGGGGCAAGGCCGCCGAAUGUCUUCUACAACUUUCCCGCCUCACGUUCCCGCGAAUCGGCGGCUUAGUUGAGGUCAAGGCCGAGAGCGGAGCCAAAGCCGAAGACCCAAACAACAACAAGAACAACAACAACAACGACAGAACCUCAUACGAAAUCACCGGCCGACCGCUGACCCACAACAUGACGGACAUGAUCCGGCUCGCCAACAUCCCGCACGCCGCCCUCCCACCCCCAAACACAACCUACCCCACCGCCGACGCCUGGUACACCGCGCUAGCCGAGAUGCACCUGGCGCAGCUAGUAUUCCAGCACAACGACGCCGUCACAUCGGCCGACGACUGCCGCAACAAGCUCGUCGCGCGCCUUUUAUUCCGCCAGCUGGCGCGCCAGGGGCGGUUGUCGUGUUUUGGGUUCGCCGAGGAUGACUGGUCUGCGCAAGCAAGGUUGCGCAGGAGCAGCAGUGUGGAGGCAGCUGGUGGUGGAGAUGGAGGGAACGGGAGGGGGAGGGAGGAACUUGCCCCCGCACCAGCGGGAGAUGGGGCGUUUCGGAUGUGGGGGGAUGAUUUCCGGGCGGGGAAUAUGCUGCUCGACGAGGCGGAUGAGCUGAUGACGGUGAUCGAUUGGGAGUUUGCCUACGUGGCGCCGACCCAGUUCGCGCUGGACCCGCCCUGGUGGCUGCUGCUUAAGCUAGCUAAGACGUGGUCGGGUGGUGUGGAUGACUGGUUGCGGGUGUAUGAGGGGCGGCUUGGGACGUGGUUUGCGGCGAUGGAGCGGGCGGAGAGGAGGGUGCCGGGUGGCGGGGUGGACGGGCCGGGGGCGUUGCCGGUUUCCUUGUCGAGGUAUAUGCGGGAGAGUUGGGAGACGGGCCGGUUCUGGCUGAGCUAUGGGGCGAGGAAAAGUUGGGCGUUUGACAUGGUGUUUUGGAAGUUUUUGGAUGAGAGGUUCUUUGGUCAGCGGGCGGGCGAUGUUCUAAAAGAGGAUUUGUGGAAGACAAGAGUGGAUUUGUUGACAAAGCGGGAGAUGGCAGCGCUGGAGCCGUUCGUGGAGAGAAAGAUGAGGGAAUCUAAGGACAGAGUUAUUGUGGAAUGGGAUCAGGAGGAAGCCAAAAACCGGCUGUCCGAGGUCUUGUUUGACUAG